GAAUAGUGGAAAUUCUUGGCGUGCGGUAAAGCAAAUUAAAAUCAAAGCGGUUCAAAAGUGAAUAGUGGAAAUUCUUGGCGUGCGGUAAAGCAAAUUAAAAUCAAAGCGGUUCAAAAGUGAAUAGUGGAAAUUCUUGGCGUGCGGUAAAACAAAUUAAAAUAAAAACGUUUAAAGAGUGAAUAGUGGAAAUUCUUGGCGUGCGGUAAAACAAAUUAAAACCAAAACGGUUAAAAAGUGAAUAGUGGAAAUACAUACAUAUACAUAGAUAUAUACAGUUACGGCCAAUAACACAGAAGCAUCCAUGUAUAUAUAUACAUGCGCUUAAAACAAAAAAAAAAAAACAGUUACAACUUUUACACAGAAGAUAAAGAUUUUCGGAAAGGUGCAGUGACAAAGUGAACACAUAUACACAUAUAUUAUGCAAUCGUAAAAAAAAAAAAAAAACCGACAAGUGAUUCGGUUGAUAGCGCGGCGUGUAGCAGAUUUCCACAUAAAUUUGUGUAUUACGUAGAAAACGAAAACAUAUUGCAACAAAUUUUUAUUUUACGAAGUGGAAACAUAAAGAGUCACAUAUACCGUGCAUACAGAUUACAACAACAUUUUUUUAAUAAAUUCCCAAGCAAAUGGAAAUGGUGUAAAUGUGAAGUGAAAGAAUAACAAAAAGCAACAAAGCAAAAGCAGUGAAGAUUUUGUAUGUGACUAGUUUCUCCAAUGUUUUCUGCCCCCUUACCUAUUAUUGGUGUUGGAAAAUAAUUAUCGAUAUUAAUGUGAAAUAAAUAUUGAUACUAUACAAUCAAAAAACAAACGGGCGUGCAACUAACAUAUAAUGGAAAGAAACUCAAUCUAAACGGGCGCGGAAAGAAAAAAAAUAAAUAAAAUAAAAAUAAAAAUAAAUAAUAAAAGUAAUUAAAUACAUCAAACAACAAAUACACCGGGACCUGUGACCUGAAAUACACUGCGAAGACAGGAGGAGGACAUCAACCCCUAUAUGGAAACAUUUACACCCCCCAAAAUCGAUAUGGAUACACCGGUAACCCCCACGCCAACUCUCCGGUCGGCUGUUACUGUGCCUCGCUCCGGACCUGUUCCAGUGGCAGCGCCCCGAACCAUCACGGCAGCAAGGGCGACAACCGUGGCACGUAGCUCAACACGCGCAUCACCGACGCCGGCGCCUCCGAAACCGCAACGCACCAGAUGUCCGCUCUGUUGCCGUGCUCACAGGCUGCAGCAUUGCUCUAUUUUCAAGGGAAUGUUACCCGUACAACGCCAGAAGGUGGCACAGGCACAUGGCCAUUGUUUAAACUGCUUGGCCCAGUCACACGCCACGCUUGAAUGCGAAUCUGCUACUUUGUGCCGGUUAUGUGAAAGACCACAUCAUACGUUACUCCACCGGAACGCCGGACAUCCUGGCUCACCAACUGUACUCCGCCGCCGUACGGCCCCCCGACGAUCGCAGCCUAACCGUGUGGCACGGCAACCAGAAGCGGGAUGGUCCUGGCGCCCCCUCAAUACGACUUCCACGCGCAGCCAAGUAAGGCCACAACCUCACCGCCCCACCGGCCUGAGCGGCGUUGUAGCUACGUUACAGGCACUACAGCGUCUACUAGGCUAGUACUCGCCUAGGGGGGGCAGGAUGUUGAGAUGAGCUCCUGUCGCCCGAACUAAUACAACACUCUCCACAUCGACAUGUUUAUUAGGAAAAAACAGCAGGGCAUCACUGACCAGUGAAUACAACACUCUCCACAUCAACGCGUUAAUUAGAAAAACAAAGAGGGCAUCAUUGAUCAUCUCCACACCAAACUGUUUUUGUUCCAUUUUUCAUCUUAUCCCAACGAGAAGGUGACGC